GUCCUGCUGAUGGACAGAGAGACGACCGGCGUCGUGAGCAUGGCGUACACGCGGUCGGAGAUUCUGCAGAAGGAGGUCUACCUCCUCGAGCGCAUCGAUUCCGCCGGCCGGGAGAGCAUGAAGCACCUGAAGGCCCUCUGCUUCCUGCGGCCCACGAAGGAAAACGUCGAGUAUCUCAUCCAAGAGUUGCGGAGACCCAAGUACAGCUCUUAUUUUGUUUAUUUCAGCAAUGUGAUCAGCAAGAGUGAUGUCAAGUCUUUGGCGGAAGCUGACGAGCAGGAAGUGGUAGCUGAAGUGCAGGAAUUCUAUGGAGAUUACAUUGCUGUGAAUCCACAUGUAUUUUCUCUCAACAUCCCUGUCUGCUGCCAGGGCCGCAGCUGGGACCAAACACAGUUGUCCAGGACUACUCAGGGCCUCACUGCCUUGCUUCUGUCCCUGAAGAAGUGCCCUAUGAUUCGUUACCAGCUCUCUUCUGACUUGGCUAAGAGGCUUGCUGAAGGCGUCAAGCAAGUGAUCACGAAAGAAUACGAACUCUUUGACUUCCGUCGCACUGAAGUCCCUCCUCUGCUGCUGCUCCUGGACCGCUCGGACGAUGCCAUCACUCCACUUCUGAACCAGUGGACGUACCAAGCCAUGGUUCAUGAGCUGCUGGGAAUUAACAACAAUCGCAUUGACCUUGCGCGGGUCCCGGGCAUAAGUAAGGACCUCCGGGAGGUGGUCUUGUCUGCUGAGAAUGAUGAGUUUUAUGCCAAUAACAUGUACCUGAACUUUGCGGAAAUUGGCAGCAAUAUCAAGAACCUGAUGGAGGACUUCCAGAAGAAAAAACCCAAAGAGCAGCAGAAACUAGAAUCGAUUGCAGACAUGAAGGCCUUUGUGGAGAACUAUCCCCAGUUCAAGAAGAUGUCUGGCACCGUCUCCAAACACGUGACGGUAGUGGGGGAGCUCUCGAGGCUGGUGAGCGAGAGGAACUUGUUGGAGGUGUCCGAGGCAGAGCAGGAACUGGCCUGCCAGAAUGACCACUCCGGUGCUCUACAGAGCAUUCGGCGGCUCUUGCAGAACCCCCGAGUGGCUGAGCUGGAUGCUGUCCGGCUGGUGAUGCUCUAUGCCCUCCAUUACGAGCGCCACAGCAGCAACAGCCUUCCGGGGCUCAUGGUGGAUCUCAAGAACCGAGGGGUUUCUGAGAGGCUUCGCAAGCUGGUGCCUGCCAUUACAGAAUAUGGAGGGAAACGGGUUCAGUCAAGCGAUCUCUUCAGCCCAAAGGAUGCCGUGGCCAUCACCAAACAGUUUUUCAAAGGGCUGAAGGGGGUUGAGAAUGUGUACACGCAGCACCAGCCUUUAUUGCAUGAGACCCUGGAUCAGCUCAUCAAGGGUAAACUGAAAGACAACCAGUACCCGUAUCUGGGCCCCAGCAGCCUACGCGACAGGCCACAAGAUAUCAUCGUAUUCAUUAUUGGUGGGGCAACUUAUGAGGAGGCGCUGACUGUUUACAACCUGAAUCGCACCACCCCUGGUGUCCGGAUCGUGCUGGGUGGGACGACUCUGCAUAACACAAGAAGUAUUCAGGAUCCUCCUGUUGCGAGAGAGGGAGACGGCUGCUCCCUUCUCUGCUUUCUCCAUGCCAGCGCUGAGAGCUAGAUGUUUUGAUUGCUGCGGAGCGGGCCAGGCAGUGGAGGCUUUCUGCUCUGAAGUACCUUGCGACGUCACUCGCCGUGCUCUGGGGGAAGAAGGCUGCCCGAGGGCAAGGCGGCUGGGAUGGCUUCGGCCUUUGGCGGUUUCAGGACUUUUAUAUGCAUUGUCCUGUUUGCUCCUGUUACCCUGGAGCUCCUGAACUCUGUGUGAAUCCGGCUGGCACAAGAGGCCUUUUCUGCCACGAAGGCGACCAUCCAGUCCACGCUCCCUGAACAGGGGAGGGCUGACCCUCAGGAGGCCCUCUCUAGCUGACCCUUCUAGGACUCGGACAUUGUGUCCUCUUGCAGUACUCGUUCUUUCAUUCUGAUACCAUUGCCAGUGUGUAACCAUGCUGUUUAAGCAAGCGUUCUUCUCAGUGCAUAUCUUACCAGCUUCUGUUUUCACACCCACUUUGAGGAAGCACUGCGACACAGUCGAUCGGCCUCCUCUAGAGGGGCACCCUGUCGAGUUUCCAGCUUAACCAGGAAUACAUCUCAGGACAGAAAUUAGUUCAGCAAGUUAUAAGAGGCAACAGGGGUAGGUAAGGUCGUGACAGUUCAGUAGCAAAAGCCCAUUGCUUGUGAAGCAGCGUCUGUUCCCGGUCUAGGUACAUGUAUGAGCCUGCAGUCACACGUGCGUGCCCAAAUGUGGUUUUUUUUUUUUUUUUUACGGUUAAGUCACUUGACUCCUGUGAAUCCACAGGUGUGGGAAAUGUUCACCUCCCUGCCACAUAGCCCUGCUAGUACAGCCAGCUCCUGUAGCAGGACAGGAUCCAAGAAGCAUCUGAGUGGGCACCUCUCUAUCUUCACGUGACCCGGUCUCAAUGGAGAAAAUGCUAACGCGGGUCCUUUGGACUAUCAGAACCCAGCAGGCGGCUUUUUGGCUUUGGCGUGCUUUUGAAUCACAGGUGUGAUUCGGGUGUGAAAAAUUGCACUGUGGUGCAACCAGCCCAUGUACAGUUGAUGCCCUGAGCCAGUUCCUAGUGUGGAAGUUGGCGAAAAGCAGCUGGUGUUAUUAGAGCUGCCUCCUAGAGGGGAGGCUGCUGCUUCUGCGUCUUCUCUGAGGCAGACGUCCCAGGAGGGCCUGGCCUUUGCCUCACUGCGGUGUGUGUUCAGGGGCGUUUCCUGAGGAGGGAGAGCGGUGGGGAGAAAGCGGUGGGGGGCGAAGGGACUUCCUGGCUUUCUCCCGGAGAGAAUGGAAGGCAUCCUGGAGCACAAGUCGAGUGGUGCUUCUCAUGUUCACCAGAGGAAGAGUGCAGGAGUGCGGACUGGAGCAAACCCUUCUGACGGAUGAUCUUCCUGGAGCUCAGCCACGAUAUUCUGGUCCUCUGUGUUCAGAGGGAGUUCCCAGAAGUUGCUGACAUACAACGAAGAUGAACUCAAUCCAUGUGGGAUGUUCCAAGAACGCUUCUAGAUGGAGAGCUGACAGGCAGGGAAGAGCCACUGGUCUGAGGCGGGCGGCUACGUAAACUGAGUGAAUGAAUAAAUAAAAAUAUCCCCGGGUGACGUUCAGGCGAAGACUCGAUCUUUGCGCGGGCCCAGACUAGAGCCUUUCCUCCCGUCGCUGCAGUGGGUUUCAAGCGGGAGGGUUCUGGGGUGGGUGAGGCUGCUGCUGGUGGGCGUAAGGGAAGAGGUGCGUGCUUGGAUUUGUUUUUUCCUAGCCGCAUGAAAACAAGUUGUUUUCAUUAACUGUCGGAUGCCUGGCCACCUCUCCAGAGCCAGGGUAAACAAGGGGCUGAAGUUGGGAGAGGGCCCGGGAGGCUCAGCCGUGGAAAUGACCAGGGCAGUUUGGAUCGGUCCUCCCCUCACUGAGUGUAACCACCUCACAUAGUUGAUCUUAUGGAGAUAAAAUAAAGGCGGGAUAGAAAUCUAACAAAUAAUAAGCAAAGUAAAAUAAAAAACAAGAAGAGUGCUCCAAACAGCUAAUGGAGUUUCAAGCGAAAAAGCACAAUCAGGUUUUAAGAGUGCAUAAAUCAUGAACCAUCUUUAAAACCGUUUUCAAAGAUGAAGCUGAAAGGUGAUGGCGGUUGUGUGUGUGCCCUCAAGGCAGUCUUGACUCCUGGCAACUGCCCGGAUGAGUCCUUGGAAGUGGUUUGCCCUUGCCGCCUUCUCCCUGGGGCUGAUACCCUCCCAGUUUCUAGCCUGGUGCCCCAACCACUACACCAAACUCUAUCUCUCAAGCCAAAAGCACUAAUCCCUUCUCAUCAGAAAUCUCCAGCAGGAGCAUUGCUGAGCUUAACAAGUCUUGGAUAUUAUUUCGGAGGCUUCUUUUCAUAAAGUGGCCCCAGACGUUACUUCUGGAGCCUGUGGGUUUCUCCUCGCUCGUCUUUUCAUCAGCAGCCAGAACUUGGGGGUGGUAUCUGCACUGCAUUUCCCCCCGUCCCCAAGUCUGCUAUGCUUUCUACUCUGGCUCUGGUGGUGUUCAUGCAGGUGGGCGGGUGAAUCCCCAGGCAAGGGGAAAGGGCUCGGAGAAGGGCUCGGAAUCACCUUGUCUGUGGUCCCUUGGGAGCAUCCCGCUUUCCUUUCUUGGUCCUCAGCUUCGGUGCGGCAGGCGCAGGGAUGCUUUUAAAAUCCAGAGGUGAAAGUGUGGCCUUCUGUCCACUUCUGUACCUGUCUGCACUCCCAAGGCCAGAUCCUGCUCACUUGGCCAGAGGCUGGCCUUUGGAGCCCACCAGGGAGAAGCUACUCAUUUUCUUCUAAUUCUCCCCGGAUGUUUUUCUCUCUU